AUGCUCGGCUGGAUGAUAAAACGCGGUCUGGACGGCGGACGCGACGCGCCCGAAGACGAAGCGCGGGCCUUCAAGAGCGCCCUCUUUGGCACACCGGCGCGUCGAGACGAGACCGAAGUCGACGUCCAGCCGGCUCCCGCACCAGUACCGACGACACAGGAGUCUCUUCCAAAAGCAAGCGCGGCGACGGGGGCGGUACAAACAAAGAAAAACACGAGCACGAAAGACACAGGGGCCACGCCGGGUCGGUUACCCGGAAUUCUCUUAACGCCCGGUACGGCGACAUCACGCAGAAAGCGCGUGUCCUUUGGCCACGAGGUGUCUGGUGAAGGUGUCGACAAGAAGAACGAGCUACGAAUAGACAAAAACGGCCGCAAACCAAACCUGUUCGGCGACAGCACGCGCAGCAAGACGCCUAGAACAACACUGGGGACGUCACUCCAGAACGACCGCAAGCAGAACAACAAACCCGCUGCCCCGAGCAAGCUGGCGGUGGUUGACAAUGUGGCAAGCACAAACAACAGAGCUGUCGUAGACGAGAUCGAGGACGACAAUCUCUGGGAGGAGGUCGACGAUGACGACCGGGACCCGGACAUCACAGUCGACCUCAACGAGCCGCAUUCCCAGUCGGGACGAUACUGGAAGUCCGAGUUCCAGCGCUACCAGGAAGACGCCAAGGUCGAAAUGGGCAAGCUGCUCAAGUAUAAACAGUUGGCCAAGUCAUACGCCAAGAUGAAGGACGCCGAGGCAGCUGAUAUGCGGACCAAGCUCCAGGAGGAGAAGGAGAAGGUCACCGAGAUGGAGGGCCGCAUCACGGAGCUGGCCGACCAAAUUGCGCGCAAGCGGAUGCACGGUUCAGACCACGAAUACCAAGAGCUGAUCAGCGAUCUGACGCGGCAGACGGCACGCGCCGUCCAGUACCGCAACCAGGUUAAGGAGCUGGAGGCGAUGCUUCAAGACAACGAGAAACCGGCGACGGCCACCACGACUGUCGCAUCACCACGCACGCAGCGGACACUCAUUGACACGCAGCGGGAGCUGCGCCGUGCCCGUGAGCAGGCGAAGGAGCUGACGCAGGCCAAGGAAGAGAUCCGGCGGCUCAGGAGUAAACUAGGUAUUGCUGAGCAGCGCGCAGGUCGCAAGAAUGAGAACAAGAACGAGAGCAAGACACUGGCAAACGACCUUGCAGCGUCUGAAGCUGCGGCUGAGGCGCUGGCAGCCAAGGUGGAAGAUCUAGAGAAGCGGGCCCAGUUUGCCGAAGACGAGAAGCGGCAAAAGGUCAAGGAGCUCAGUUUGCUACAGCGCAAGUACGACUCGCUCAAGGACGACGCCAAGGCCCGCGUGGGCGAAGCCGAGCAGGUCAUGCGCCGCAAGAACGAAGAGAUUGCCGACCUAAAGAAGCAGGUUCGAAAGGCCACAGCAGCCGCCGUACGCCAACCCGCCCUGGAGCCACCAGUACAGAUCGAUGCUCUCAAAGAUAUCAAGGACAUCAAGGAUACCAAGGAUACCAACAACAUCAAAGACACCAAGGCCGGCAAGAACAUCAAGACGAUGGACUCCCCUGUUUCCGACAGUGCUGCUGCCAAGCUUGCCCUGUUGCGCCGCCGCCGCGGUGCGGAGCCACUUCGCCCCGUUGUCGACGCACCGCAGCCAACGGCCAUACUCGAGAGCAUUGGCACGAACCGCGUGCGCGGCGCUGAAAAGGAGAAACCAAAGGCGGAGCCGUUGCCUGAACGGUCUGCAAAGGGCGCCCCAGCAAAACCCUACAGACCGACAAUUACGACAUCGGCGCCGGCACCGCCACCGGCAGCCGAGCGAGACGACCCCGUUGCCGCGGCCGCCGCUGCUGCUGCCGAUGCUUCGUGUUUGUCCAUCUCGUCGGAACGGGCAGCUGCUGCAGUUGCACGGAUAGAGAAGCGGCGGGCCCAGCGGAAGCUAGAACUGGAGGCAUUGCGCAACAAGGAGAACAUGCAACCGGCAUGA